AAGACACCAGCCAUCUGCGGUCUGCCAGCUUUGUCCGUCCGCGCUGUCCUCUCUUAUGGCGUCGUCACCCUCCCUCAGAAGCUGAAACCAACCGCUCUCUUAACAACAAUACAAAUACUACGGCACGCUCAUUGCUGCUGCAUUCACAGAAAACGCCGCUCAUUUUCUAGUGAGUGAGAGCCAUCGUGUUUAAAUGCGCUCGCAAUAACGGAUUCAAAGUAAAAGAGAAACUUCACGUGAUUCAUGACACAAAUUGUCCAAUUCAAUUGUUAGAUCUCGGUUUCAUAAUCUUCAACCCUCCCCUCCCUUCUCUGGCUUUCUACUGGAUUAUGAGAAGCGACCGAAGAAGCACCUGAUUGUGAUUUCGAGACCCGAUUCUCAGGGCCUUUUUCAGUUUCGGUUGUGCAAUUUUAAGGCUAAUUAUGGGUGUGGACAUGGAGGAGGGAGCUCUGGAGAUUGGAAUCGAAUAUAGAACAGUUUCUGGUGUUGCUGGACCUCUGGUAAUCCUUGACAAAGUUAAGGGACCCAAGUUCCAGGAAAUUGUUAACAUUCGCCUAGGAGAUGGAUCAACAAGACGUGGGCAAGUUUUGGAGGUUGAUGGAGAGAAAGCUGUUGUUCAGGUUUUCGAAGGAACAUCAGGAAUCGACAACAAGUACACAACCGUCCAGUUCACUGGGGAGGUUUUAAAAACACCUGUCUCUUUGGAUAUGCUUGGCCGAAUUUUUAAUGGUUCCGGAAAACCCAUUGACAAUGGCCCUCCUAUUCUUCCUGAGGCUUACUUGGACAUAUCUGGCAAUUCCAUUAAUCCUAGCGAGAGAACCUAUCCAGAGGAGAUGAUUCAAACUGGAAUUUCAACUAUUGAUGUAAUGAAUUCAAUUGCCCGUGGGCAGAAAAUUCCUCUUUUUUCUGCUGCUGGUCUUCCCCACAAUGAAAUAGCUGCUCAGAUAUGCCGACAGGCUGGUUUGGUGAAACGCUUAGAAAAAUCUGAUAAUCUUCUUGAGGAUGGUGGAGAGGAAAAUUUUGCCAUUGUCUUUGCAGCAAUGGGAGUCAACAUGGAAACAGCACAGUUCUUCAAGCGUGAUUUCGAAGAAAAUGGGUCCAUGGAGAGAGUUACCCUUUUCUUAAACUUGGCUAAUGACCCAACUAUAGAACGCAUCAUUACGCCUCGUAUUGCUUUGACAACUGCGGAGUACUUAGCGUAUGAAUGUGGGAAGCAUGUUUUGGUCAUAUUGACAGAUAUGAGUUCUUAUGCUGAUGCUCUUCGUGAGGUAUCUGCAGCACGAGAGGAAGUGCCUGGAAGGCGUGGGUAUCCUGGUUAUAUGUACACUGAUCUGGCAACCAUCUACGAGCGUGCUGGCCGCAUUGAAGGACGGAAAGGAUCCAUCACUCAAAUACCUAUAUUAACAAUGCCUAAUGAUGACAUUACACACCCUACUCCAGAUUUAACGGGCUAUAUCACCGAAGGGCAGAUUUAUAUUGAUCGACAACUUCAUAAUAGACAGAUAUAUCCUCCAAUCAACGUGCUCCCAUCCUUGUCUCGUCUAAUGAAGAGUGCCAUUGGUGAAGGCAUGACCCGUAGGGAUCACUCCGAUGUGUCUAACCAGCUUUAUGCGAACUAUGCCAUUGGGAAGGAUGUUCAGGCAAUGAAAGCUGUGGUUGGAGAAGAAGCACUCUCCUCGGAAGAUCUGCUGUAUCUUGAGUUUCUGGAUAAAUUCGAGAGGAAGUUUGUGACACAAGGGGCAUACGACACUCGCAAUAUCUUCCAGUCGCUUGAUUUGGCAUGGACAUUGUUGCGGAUCUUCCCUCGGGAGCUUCUUCAUCGUAUUCCAGCAAAGACACUGGACCAGUACUACAGCAGAGAUGGUGCGAAUUAAAGGUAGUUUAUUUCAUUUUCGUUUAAAUAUGACGAGACGACGGUGUCCGGAAGACAAUUAGUUAGUUGGAUAGUUAUAUGUUGUGAUCAAAAGAGAAGCAAACAAAACUCAGUAGGUAGAUCCCAUUACGUCCAUAUUCUGAUUCUGGUGCAGAGAUGCGAUGGAUCAUGGCUUCGUUUGGUCUAAAUUAAAAUCAAAGAAUGCAUAUUUUGUGUGGUGGGUUAUGAUUAAACAAUUUGUUGAGAGUAAUAAUAAAAAUGAAUAAAGAGCUGAUACAUUGAUUCAUUCAUUAAA